AUGCAAAGUAAUAAAAGCAAAUCUGUCAUUGUCUCGGCGGAGCUCCGGCCCGGCCUUGCUCUCUUGUCCGAGACCUUCUACGACCACUCGAAUAUGUGGCACGGGCUCACAGCGCUGGUCCCACUGGUGUCAUGGCACGCGAGGCGCGGGUGCCGUCCCGCCCCGGCGAGGUGGGCCCUCUUCCAUCAUGGCGAGGUUAGGUCCGGGAUGAGCGGUUGGCUGAUGUCGCUAGUCGAGGCGGCUACCGGCGCGCCGGUGGCCGUGGAGGAGUUUGGCCCCGCCCCGGUGUGCUUCGAGGAGGCCGUGGUGUCCAGGAGAAACUUGGCCGGUAUGAGCACGGAGAGGCUCCUAGAGGCGUUCGACUUCAUCCGGUGCAAGGCCAGGGCAAAGUGCGGCGUCGCCGAUGCGCCCGGAGCCGGCAACGAAGCUACAAACCUACGCGUCACCAUUCUCUUCCGCACGGGCGGCCGGUCCUUCAAGGACGAGGCGGGCGUCGAGCGGGUGUUCCGUAAGGAGUGCACGCGCGUGGCCGGGCCAAGCUGCAUGCUGACCGUCGCGCGUUCCGACAACCUGACCUUCUGCGAUCAGGUGAGGUUGCUGAGCAGGACAGACGUGUUCAUCUCGGCGCACGGGGCACAGGUGACGAACCAGCUGUUCAUGGACCGGAACAGCAGCGUCAUGGAGUUCUACCCGAUGGGGUGGAGGCAGCGGGCGGCGGGCGGGCAGUUCGUGUACCGGUGGAUGGCGAGCCGCGCGGGGAUGCGGCACGAGGGCUCGUGGUGGGACCCUGCCGGUGACCCAUGCCCCGAUGGUAACCCGGACAUUUUCAGCUGCUACAAGAACCGGCGGAUCGGGAUGGACGAGGCCGCCUUCACCGAGUUUGCAGCCAAGGUCUUCACCGCUAACAAGGAGCGCAAGUCGCUAAUCCCCAAUCUUCGGAACCCUAUGGGGUGGAGGCAGCGAGCGGCGGGCGGACAGUUCGUGUUCCGGUGGAUGGCGAGCCGCGCGGGGAUGCGGCACGAGGCUCAUGGUGGGACCCCGCUGGCGACCCUUGCCCUGAUGAUUCAGACCAAGAGGGUUGGGGGGACUUACAUGAAGGCGUCGCAUGGCCUCCUUUUCGUGCGCGCCACCUCUCCCUCGUCCGUGUCCUCUGGCUCGCCGGGCACGGCGCCGUCGAUCCUCUGUACGAAGCGGCACGGGACCAUGGUCGCGACGCGGUCGGGCGAGUUCGCGGGGCCACGCGCAUUGAGAUAUGGAGAUUGA